AUGUUGGGCCUCGCUGCGCGCCCGAAGGCGGGCGGCGGGGCAGUGGGGCGCGGCCAGCGCGGGUCCCGGUGCGUCGUGCGCGCCGCGAACACGUGGGGCGAGCUCUUCAGGGUCACGACCUUCGGGGAGUCGCACGGGAAGGGCGUUGGCUGCGUGAUUGACGGCGUUCCACCGCGUCUCGAGAUCUCAGAGGAGGAGAUUCAGUUUGAGCUCAACCGCCGCAAGCCCGGGCAGUCCAUCAUCACCACGCCGCGCAAGGAGGACGACGCGUGCGAGAUCCUGUCGGGCGUAGUCGACGGCGUGACCCUCGGGACGCCGCUGGCCAUCCUCGUGCGCAACGCGAACCAGCGCUCGAAGGACUACAAGGAGAUGCAGGUCGCGUACCGGCCCAGCCACGCCGACGCGACAUACGACAUGAAGUACGGUAUUCGCGCCAUCGCUGGCGGCGGACGAUCGUCGGCGCGCGAAACCAUCGGGCGCGUGGCCGCGGGCGCGGUCGCGAAGAAGCUGAUGUCAGUUCUGCACGGCACGGAGGUCCUCGCCUUCGUCAGCACCGUGCGCGACAUCGACAGCGACGUAGACCUGAGCGCCUUCACCCUCGCCGACGUGGAGUCGAACAUCGUGCGCUGCCCGGACCAGGAGGCCGCGGAGCGCAUGAUCGAGGCCAUCAACGACGUCCGGACGCGCGGGGAGUCGUGCGGCGGCACCGUCACGUGCGUGGCGCGCAACGUGCCCCAGGGCCUCGGCGCCCCGGUCUUCGACAAGCUCGAGGCCGAGCUCGCGAAGGCGCUCAUGAGCCUCCCGGCCACGAAGGGCUUCGAGAUCGGCAGCGGGUUCGCGGGGUCGCGGAUGCUCGGCUCGGAGCACAACGACCCGUUCUACAUGGAGGGCGGGCGCGUGCGGACGCGGUCGAACCGGUCGGGCGGAAUCCAGGGCGGGAUCUCGAACGGCGAGGACAUCGUCGUGCGCGUGGCGUUCAAGCCGACGUCGACGAUCGGCCUCAAGCAGGAGACGGUGACGCGGGACGGCGAGGAGGUGGAGCUGCGUGCGCGCGGGCGGCACGACCCGUGCGUGGUGCCGCGCGCGGUGCCGAUGGUCGAGAGCAUGGUGGCGUGCGUGCUGGCGGACCACCUGAUGCGGCACCUGGGGACCUGCGAGGUGCUCCCACGCACGGGCUCGUUCGAGGAGCAGAAGGAGGGCAUGGACAAGGGCGAGGAGACUACCGUGAUCAACCAGGUGUAG